ACCACUGGUGCAGACCCUGCCUUUAAGAACCACCGUCAACAAUGGCACCGUGUUACCAAAGAAACCCAGCGGCUCCCUGCCGUCCCCCUCCGGGGCCAGGAAGGAAACCCCUGUGCCCGCAACCAAAAGCAGCAUCAAGCGGACCAGCUCUUCUGAGCGUGUAUCUCCUGGGGGCCGGCGGGAGAGCUCUGGGGACUCCAAAGGCAGCCGGAACCGCACAGGCUCCACCAGCAGUUCCUCUAGUGGCAAGAAGAACAGCGAAAGCAAACCCAGGGAGCCCGUGUUCAGUGCAGCCCUUCAGUCUCUGUCUCCGAAAUCACAAGGGAAGCGCCGGGUGACGCACUGCAAAGAGGAAGGAUAUGUGAAAAUGUUUCUUCGCGGACGCCCUGUUACCAUGUACAUGCCCAAAGAUCAAGUGGACGCUUACAAUUUGGAAGCAAAAGCUGAACUCCCCACCAAGAGGCUGAAACUGGAAUGGGUCUACGGGUACCGGGGGCGAGACUGUCGGAACAACCUGUACCUGCUGCCGACAGGGGAGACGGUGUAUUUCAUCGCCUCCGUGGUGGUGCUGUACAACGUGGAGGAGCAGCUGCAGAGGCACUACUCGGGCCAUAAUGACGACGUGAAGUGCCUAGCAGUUCACCCCGAUAGGAUCACUAUAGCAACAGGACAAGUCGCAGGCACGUCUAAGGAUGGAAAGCAACUGCCCCCUCAUGUGCGCAUCUGGGAUUCUGUGACAUUGAACACGCUGCACGUCAUCGGGAUAGGCUUCUUUGACCGAGCUGUCACCUGCAUUGCAUUCUCAAAAUCUAACGGAGGAAGCAACCUCUGUGCUGUGGACGACUCCAAUGACCACGUACUGUCCCUGUGGGACUGGCAGAAAGAAGAGCGGCUGGCCGACGCGAAGUGUUCUAAUGAAGCUGUGUUUGCUGCGGACUUCCACCCCACGGACACCAAUGUCAUAGUCACGUGUGGAAAAUCACACCUCUACUUUUGGACACUUGAAGGAAACUCCCUUAAUAAGAAGCAAGGAUUAUUUGAGAAACAGGAAAAGCCAAAGUUUGUCCUCUGCGUGACAUUUUCUGAAAAUGGUGACACCAUUACUGGAGAUUCCAGUGGCAACAUCUUAGUAUGGGGAAAAGGUACCAACCGCAUAAGCCACGCCGUCCAAGGGGCCCACGAGGGCGGCAUUUUUGCGCUUUGCAUGCUGAGAGACGGCACGCUGGUGUCCGGAGGAGGGAAAGACCGCAAGCUCGUUUCUUGGAAUGGAAACUAUCAAAAACUUCAUAAAACUGAGAUUCCUGAACAGUUUGGCCCAAUCCGGACGGUGGCCGAGGGGAAGGGCGAGGUCAUCCUCAUAGGCACGACUAGGAACUUCGYCCUGCAGGGCACCCUGUCAGGGGACUUCACACCCAUCACUCAGGGUCACACUGAUGAGCUCUGGGGGCUGGCCGUCCAUGCUUCCAAACCUCAGUUCUUGACCUGUGGGCAUGACAAGCACGCCACUCUCUGGGACGCUGUCGGCCACCGGCCCGUCUGGGACAAAAUCAUAGAGGAUCCAGCUCAGUCUUCUGGUUUUCAUCCUUCAGGGUCUGUGGUCGCGGUCGGAACACUGACUGGGAGGUGGUUUGUGUUUGACACAGAAACAAAAGACCUGGUCACUGUCCACACGGACGGCAACGAGCAGCUGUCCGUGAUGCGCUACUCCCCAGAUGGGAACUUCUUAGCCAUCGGCUCUCAUGACAACUGCAUCUACAUCUACGGAGUCGGGGACAACGGGAGGAAGUACGCGCGGGUUGGCAAGUGCUCGGGUCACUCCAGCUUCAUCACCCACCUGGACUGGUCUGCAGACUCUCAGUACCUCGUGUCCAACUCCGGGGACUACGAAAUCCUUUACUGGGUCCCCUCUGCUUGCAAGCAAGUUGUAAGUGUGGAGACUACGAGAGACAUUGAGUGGGCUACCUAUACCUGCACUUUGGGAUUCCAUGUCUUUGGAGUGUGGCCAGAAGGCUCGGAUGGAACCGACAUCAACGCCGUCUGUCGGGCCCAUGAGAAAAAACUGCUGUCAACGGGCGACGACUUUGGCAAAGUGCACCUCUUCUCCUACCCCUGCUCUCAGUUCAGGGCUCCAAGCCACAUAUACGGCGGACAUAGCAGCCACGUCACCAACGUCAACUUCCUCUGUGAAGACAGCCACCUCAUCUCCACGGGCGGGAAGGACACAAGCAUCAUGCAGUGGCGAGUCGUGUAGGCCCUGCGGGAGCCACGGGAGCAGAUCGCACCCAGGAGACACAGAUUCGCGUUCCACUUGGUCACUGUGAUUUCUGUUUUGUCUAAAAAUUCUUACAACCUCAGGAAAACUAUCCCUCUACCGGUUACCUUAGCUUAGGGAGUCCGCGAGCGCCCUGCCAGAGAGCGGUCCCCUUUCCGCUUUUCUUGUAUAAUAUAUAAAACUGUGCACAUGGCAUAUAGAAAAGGUCCCAAGGUCUACGUGACCGUGGCAUCAACAGAAGAAACUGGUGUCACUUUUCUAUGAACUUUUCAAAAAUGGUCACAGAAUGCCUUUUAAAAUAUUGUACA